AUGAAUCUCUGGCCAAUUAUUCUAGCUAGCUCCCUUUUCUACAUUGGGACGGCGGCUCCUGGCGGCACAUUGCAGCUACAGCGUCUACUUACUCCAAGCUCUAUUGGAUCCGGUGGUGCCCCUGACCUGACCUUGUCUCAGCAGCUUCUGCUUGCCCCUUCUCGGUAUGCGAAGUACCAGUUGCUGGCAAACGAUGACUUUAUGUUCGACUUUGGAGAUGGUUCAAAGAAUAGUGAGCUUACCUCUGGCGGAUACCUGGUCGAUGCUACUAGCGAGACAUUUCCAGCCCUGGUAGGCCAAGGUGUCGGCAUGGCAAUUGGCUUUCUGGGGCCUUGUGGGUUUAAUACUCCUCAUGCCCAUUUCGGCGGAACCGAGUUCUUUCUCCCAUUCAACGGCAGUCUACAGACAUUUCUCAUGCUUGAGCCACCAGCUACUGAUUCUGGCGCUACUCCUCGAAUUGUGAAUUUGACACUGGACGCUCUUCAGGGGACUAUAUUUCCACAAGGCUCAACGCACAUGCAAUUCAAUCCUUCCUGCGAGACCAGAGCCUUUGUGGCUGCUUUCGGUACCGAUGAUUUUGGAAGAACGCAGCAAUUUGAAGCCCUCUUUAGUCUGCCUGACGCCGCCCUCGAAGACGCUCUUGGGCGUAGUCUUGAUGAAAAUGAGAUAGAUAUGGUCCGGAAAAAGAUCCCUGGUCCGGUUAUUGUUGGCGUUGACGAGUGCAUGCGAAGUUGCGGGAUCUUCCGACGCUCCCAACGCCAUGCCUAA